UCCAGCGGGCUCCGCGCUCCUUGCUGCCGUCGAAUUCCUCAAACAGUUCCAACCAUCAGCUCAGUCCAACGCGAAGUCCACCCGUUUUCGUUGCAGCAACUGCGGUCGUGGCCAAAACUAACCUGGCGCCCCCAUAUAACGACCCCCAUUUCCCUCGAACCCCUGAUAAGAACAAGGUAGUCGCGGAAUUCCUUUUGGAUACUGUGCUUUCGAGUGAAUUCAACCCGUGAACGUUAACGAGUCUUCAUCAGGGAAGUGAUCGUUAGGUUUCCUUUCUCCUAUCCUGUUCCGUGCCCCAUUUCGCCUUCCAAGUGCGCUGGAAUUGUAGUUUUCCACCCUACACGGUUCGGGAAAUUCGUUGGAGUUGGUGUUUCUUCGAGUGGAAUUCCUUUUGGUGUUUAGUUCGGGGCUUGCCUCUCGGUGCAGCCCAGGUAACAUGGCUACCUGUUGUGUUGAAUCAGUGCACCUGUGAGGUGGAGUAGUGUUGUUUUGGAUCUGCUUAACUCACUUUGGAUUACCGUGCAGCAUUCUGCGGACAAAAGUUUUAAAUCCGGCGUCUUUUCUAGCUGAAACUUCGAUGCAGUUUACAAGAAACACGCUCGAUCUAUGAACACAACAGGCGAUUGAAACUAAAAAAGUGUAGCAUGACUCAUUUGCCAUCCUUUCAAUAAGCUCUCAAAUGAAUAUAACUCGAUAGUUUAAUGACCUCCAAAGUAUAAAAAUCAUACUUAACACAGCAAGAGCCAGCCCAUUUUUGAAAUUCACGAACGAGGAAUUUGUGGUGAAAUCGGGUUGCCUGUCAAACGAUUCGAAGGCGCAUCUGUCCUUUACAACAGAUCGGCAUAGAGUUUCCCCCCGUUUGGUGUCGCAUCUGAGGUUGCCUAUCGGGGCAUUUGAAGGGGCUGCAAUGGCUCGGUGAGAUGUGGCUCUCGGGAGGGUGAGCAAUGAUGGAGGUGGAGACGAAGGAGGACUUUCGGGAGCGGACCCUGCGCACGGUGAAGAGGGGGCUGCGCAAACUCUGUCGCCGAAACUCCGUCACCAUCACCGAGUAUGACCCCUCGUAUAAGGUCACCUACCUCGGCAACGUUCUCACUGGCUGGGCCAAAGGUGAAGCAUGUGUGGACAAGCCACUGAGCACCCUGUGGCGGAAUUACCAAACCACCUCGAAACCGGACACCCAGAUGAAAAUCACCGUAACGCAGUCGGGACUGAAAGCUGUAACGAAAGAGCACGGACUCACGGAGUACUGGAGCCAUCGGAUCUCCUUCUGCACGGCCCCGACGACGCUGCCCAAAGUCUUCUGCUGGGUCUACCGCCACGAGGGUCGGAAGCUCAAGCCCGAGCUGCGGUGCCACGCCGUGCUCUGCUCCAAGGACUCGAUCGCCCGUCGCAUGGCCAGCGAGCUCCAGCGGAGACUAGUCCAAGCCCUCAUCGAGUUCAAACGGGACAAGAUCAGCCGGCAGAACGCCCGGCUCUCCCUCGCCAACUCGGUCUACGACAACCCCAGCUUACCACGAAGGAAGAUCCUCCUGUCGACGGGGACCCACAACUACAAGCCCCCGCUCGAGCGGUCCAAGUCCGCGCCCAAGCUCAUGGCCAUCGAGGAGAACCUCGAAGAGGAGGAGGAACCGGCGACCAAGUGUGAUAGAUUACCUUUCCUCAGGCCGACCCCGCAGCUCAAGCCCUGCAUCCGGCCCGACAGACAUCUGAAAAGACACGCGACCGAAGGCAGGUUCGGCGCCAACAAACUGGGCGGCCUCCUCCAGGUCACCUUCAAGAAUAUCCCUGUGACCCGUGAUAAGAGCCCCCGCAGUGUAAAAGCCGUCAGCGACCCCGGACCGGCCCGCAGUCGGAGCGAUAGUGAUAGUGAGAGUGUUAGUCCUGACAAGAGUGAACUUUCCAACGGGGAGUUGGAUCGGAUAGUUAACGAGAACGUAAUCAAAAUCCUCAGUGAGACUUCGGCGAAGAGCACGAAGGAGCCGACGAUAGAGCGGAUAUCGGAGGAAGACGAAGGUGAGGGUGAGGUUGAGGAAGACGCUACUUCUGAGACCCUGACCGAAGUGGAGGAGAACCCCUUCGGUGCCGACGAACACGUGACUGUCCCUAUCCCUGCGGACGAACUCACCGACUUCGAUGAGGGGUCCGUCACGGACGAGGGAGAAACGGAAGAAGACUUCGAAAAGAGAAUGAAAGAACUGAACAAGUGGAAUAGGUUACUGCUCACCCAGCGCUCAAACUCAAUCACGAGUGAUAUCUCGCUGAGCAGUCUCGAAGACUGCGGGAGCGAUGCCGGGUGCGUCCUCGAGAGGCCAGACCAUAUGUUCUCUACCGAGGACUCCAGCAACUACGCCUCAGAGACGGAGUGGAGCGAAGCACCCGAAGAGUCGGGCUUAGAAAGCAUCGGCUCGGAUAUCAGUUGCACCAUGACUCAAAGAGUCCUUGGACCCCUUCGGGAAGAAGAACCGAUCGUGGACAAGCCCCCUGUAGAGAAAGAUCAUAACUCUGAGACUGAAAUGUCACACGUUUAUGAAACGAGGAAUGGAAAGGACAUGCCGCCGCAGUUCGAGACGAGUCCCCCGACUUACCAAACCAACGAGUUGAUAGACUAUCGAACAGCUACCAGUCUCGAGGAGAACCCGCCGUCUUACGAAGAGGCGGUUCAACAGAGUAUAACAGGCGCACCGACCAAGUUCAACAGCCUCGUGCGCGAUAGGAAGAGGAUGUUCGAGAGGGAGACCCAGAACGGGGACUGCGGGAAGCAGGGUGGAGGUUCUCAACGAGACGGGGAGAUCAAGAGGAGCUUCUUCAUCAACAACCGGCGGAAGAUCUUCGAGCAGGUGGAAACUGGCGAGUUCAAGGGGUUCGCCGGUCUGGGGAACUUGAAGCGGAAGAUGAGCGAAGAGUCCGCGAAGGGCGAGGAUAAGAAGAUCGACUCCUACCCGGACGAAGACUCGACACCGAGCUUGCAGAGCAUCUCCAGCGGGUCCGACUCGUCCGUGCUCAAGUCGGGAGAGGCGAACAUGAACGGUUAUGAUUUGCACUCGAUCUCCUCCUCGGAGGACAGUGAUGAGAGCGGUUUUGUCGAGUCCCUGACGGCCGACGAUCCGCUCAACAAAAACGACGACAAGUCCAGGGAUUUGCCCCAUCACCAAUUGAUGAAGAGCUGCAUCCUCACGUCCAAAACGAGAUGUGUUGAAGUCUGAGAUUGACGGAAGAUUCACCUUUUCGUUGGGAUUUUCUGCUACUCGAAUUUAGCAAUAAUUCCAAUUUGGUGGAGUUUGUUUGGUUAAGCAACCCAGCUUUCAACUGAACGAAGGCUCGAGACGUCAGAACGCUGUGUCUUUAUGCUGUUUUCUCUUCCUUUAUAAUCCUCACACUCGCUACUCGUGUUCUCUGAAAAGUAUGGCGGGUCAGGAAAACCGUAUCCUUAUUUUUAAGGCGCGGGGGAUUUAGAUGAAACUUUUGGUCUCCAUUAAGGAAGGAGUAAACCUUCAGGAGUUCGCAAUUACAAGGAGUAAGCCUGUCCUUUUGCGAUGGGACUGCCCACUCUUCGAGAAUUUGGCUCGUUGCCGAAUAUGGGACUUUCGGCUUUUAUUCGCCUCCGAGCGGAAUCAAAAGUACCUUUUUAAUGUUAUGACCUGAGUUUUCUUCAGCCGUUCUCAAGCAGAGUUUUUAGAAAUUGACGAUUAUAGUCGAAUUUUACAAAUGAUAUAAAACUGAAGUCAGUUUGACCCAUCAGUUUUACUUUGAAAAGGUGAUUUGUUUUUUCGUGGCACAUUGAUGUCAGCACGAAUUUAACAUCGACCAGUGAGACUUGAUUUUAAGUAAAUCUUUUUUAAAUGAAAUUGGUUUUUACUGUUUGUGUAAAACAAUUUUUUCGCAUCGAAAGAAGGCUACCCGUGCUAAUUUGUUUAAAUUUUAUUUUGUGAGACUCAAUAAUGAGUAACUUUAUUCUUCUGUUUGAUACUCAGCCUUGUAAUGUCAGGCUAUCAAGGACUUACAGUGGGCCUAUUUUUAAAUAGGAUAAAAGUCGAGGAGUAUGUUGUGCAAUUAUUAUUUCAUUUGUUAAUUUAUUUUCUCGAUUUUUUCUUGUUAGAUUUUUAUUCUAACUGCUCCUCUAUCAGAUCAAAGGUAUUUUCAAUCAUUGCAAAUGCUUUAUUUUCCUGUUGAGACAAUUUAUCUAUAUAGUACGACCUGAAAUCCCAUCAACCCCUCAAUUUUAACUAUAUCUUGACUUUCCUAACUAAAUUUUAAACAUUGACCCCAGACGAAAUGAAUAAUUAAAUGCUAGCAAUGGUCUACGCUUAAGUGUUCUUUUCAUUGAAAGGAGCUAAUUAGUACUCACUGAUCAAUUGCUGCAAAAUAAUUUAAACUUCGUAAUCUAAGUUUUUUGCGUAUCAGCAUUGUGCUUAUUGCUCAAAGGAGACUUUUUUCGGAUUAGUGUCUUAUAAACAGUCUAAUCGGAGAAAGAUUCAUUUAAACUUAUCGCACCGAGAGGGUUUUAAAGUACCAUUACCUAUCAUACAUUUAUCGUAUUCUUCAAAGCUUCUCUCAAAAUUCAGAAUGUGCGUAUCAGAUUUUUUUUUGGUAUGACAUUUUUUAAAAGUGGUCUCUUAUAACACCAGUUAGUCUUGCUCUCUUGCAUAUAUUGGUGAAAACAACUCAGAAUGCCUGUACAUUUAGCAAGAUUUUAAUCUGCCGCGUCACUGAAACUAACAAGUGUCAUGGAGCAAAACAGAUGAAUCGGGCAAAGAAUCCUCAUCAGUGCAUCUUUUCUCUUCUCCAAUCUGGAAAUCCUUCAGAUCAGACGAAGAUGAAGGAGAACUGAAACCACGAAAUAUUUUUCCCCGUGUGCUCUCCGUGUUAAAGUGUUUAGUUUGAAGAAGAGACCCUCAGAAAUAGAAAAAUUUAUACAUCCACUAGUUAAAUGUUGGAAACCAAAAACUUAAUGUCACAGUACAACGAUGGUUUUUUUACAUGCAUAUAGCGACAUUUUGUAGAGAAUCUCCUCGUAGUAAUAUCAUAUAUGUAACAAGAAUCUCUGUUCAAGAACAGUAAUGCUUUUAAAUUAAAAGUCAAUGCUUCAUGUGUAGAAGCACCGGAAAAAAUUGCUCGAUUUGCAAACUUAGAAAAAAAGAAGAAUAAGCUGUUUUGUUUGUUACAAAUCAUACAUCCAUUAACUCUGUAAUUAUUCUACAACAUAUGGCUCAAGUUGAAUGUCAAUUUGAUUAUGAUCCCUACAUGAAUCAAAGUUAGCUAGUGAUUGUUCAACCAAAAACUGUUUGAGGACAUCUUCAGGUUCCCUAUCCACGAGCCUAACAGCUGGACUGAAAUUGAAGUAUACGUUUUUAAACUAUAGAUAUCCUGCAAGACUCAAAAUACAGCUUUCUUAUACUCGACUCGUUGCUGUCCUUAUGAUGGCACAUAAUGCUGGAAUAAUUGCCCCAAUUGAUGGAUGUCAGCAAAAUUCAGUUUUUUGUUGUUCUUUUUUUCUGAUAUUGAGAAAGAAAAGCAAUUUUAGGGUUCUUGCCCCCCCCCUCCCUAAAAAAAAAUAACACAUCUCAUCUAAUAAAAGCGCAGUAAUCAUAACAUUACACCCGAAUUGAAGUCAUAUAAUAUGAAAGCGUCUUACUUUCAGUGAAUCAGUACUUUUAAAAAUGGCGGAAGUCUACUUUGCAAAAUCCUGUAUGAUCUCUCCGGUCGUCUUUGCCAUAUUUUCCGACAAAGCAGCUGUAGUCCGCUACUUAGAACGCGAGUAACUGAUGCGCAGGAAGGCAAAUGUCUAGUAAAAAAAGCGUCAAAAAUUAAAUUAAUAAAAGAAAAAAAAAAGAUUUUGAAAAAUUGGACGUCUGCCCUUUUUAAAAGCCCUGGUCCAAUCGUAACAAGCCAUCGUUUUAGGCAGUAGCCAGAAAUUAAAGUUACAUUAUAAAACUGUACGUUCAGUGAACUGUACCCUGUCUUUAAGUAGAGUUUACCUUAUUUCUGUUCCUUCUGCGUCUCAAGACUUUCAUAAUUCAUUGUAUUUUAGGUUUAUACAUUCCUUUGCAUUUUAAUUGAAUGAAAGAUAAUUUACACGAAAAAACGCAUUUAUCUCUAUUUAGUGGAGAGUUCAUGUUUCCCAAUUAAGCACCUUUAAUCCUCAUCUAAAUUGUAGCCGAAUGACUUUUAAGAUCAUCGUGCCGUCCAAGUGUGUCAGGAGUUCCUGUUCUCGUAACUGUAUUUGGGACAGAGGCUAAUUUUUAUUUAGAUUAUUCCUCUCAAAAAUGUCUUAACAUUUAAAAUUACUUAGAAAUCAAGUUUAAUGAGCGCUGUGAUGAAAUAUAGUAUUUAUCGAGCAUUGUAAGGAAUUGUUGCACCCAGUGUUUAGUCGUUUACUCUUCGAUAGCUCUCAAUUUAUUUUUAGCAUCACUUUUUAGGCAGGCUCUAAAUUCACGACAUUUAAUUCAAACCUAGAAAAUAAGACUGUUUUGUUUAGUCUGCCGUCAUGAAUCGCACAUUUGCUUUAUGACAUUCAUUUCGAUAAUUGUCUUAAUUUUAUUUUUUCAUAUUUAUUCAGUUUUUCAAAGAAUCUGUGCAUUUCCCCCUUCCUCUCCUUCAUUAAAAUCAACCAAAUAUCAGUCGUGCUGUGAUAUAAAUUGUAUUUCCACUGUAUUGCAUUUGAAUUCAGAUACUUAUUCUACUUGUAAGCGAUGAAUCAUCACAGUAUUACGUACACAUUUUAAGAUAACAGCGUUUUUCUGUCCUCUCAAGUUUAGAGAUCCUUCUCUUUCAAAAAUGUUGAAUUUUAUUUUCAAAUGGAUUUUCCAUUUUCCCCUCUCCCCAGAAAAGUGGGUAAGAAUAUUAGCUGUGAACAUUCACAUGCUAAGGUACCAUACUCGCUGGUUUUGAAUAGUAUAUUUCGAGCUUCCCUCCAUAUACAGAGGAAAAUUAGCCUUUUCUUAAGACUUAAAUUUAUUUGAUCUGACUAAGUUAUCAGAUUUACUUAAGUGUUUUUGAUUGAUGAGUCUCAUGCCGCAUGGUGCAACUCAAUAUGGUGUCUUUGUUGAGGCAGUCUACUAAUUAGAGUGUUGAUUUUAUGUAAUGUUGCUAUAUUGAAUAUAGUGUAUCACAUUCCAUUUAUUUUAUUCCCUCGGACGUGAAACUUAGAUCCGACAGUAUGUUAAAUUUUUAAAAUUUUAUUUUUAAGUAGUAUUUUGUACAGUGAAUUUGUGAAUUUACCCUUCAUGCAUUAAAGUUUUGUUCUUGUUUUCUGUAAA